UUUACUACUAUUACUAUUACAAAAUCAAAAUAAAAUGCCAAUGAAUUACACACAAUACCAAUAAACUAGUUAAUAAAUCCAGUGUAUAAUCCUUCCUCAAAGCCUAUCAAAGACUAGUCUUCACUACCUUCUGGAAGGCCAAGCUAGCUUCUAGAAAUAGGUUGUUCUGGACUAUCAAUGUCAAGAUGGAAAAUUAGUUUUUCCUAGCUUCAGGAACCCCCACUACAUGAAAGUGGAAGACCACAAGCAGCUUCUUCCAGGAGAAACUCUUCAGACAGAUAAACUGCAGGCAACAUAGGCACUUGGAGAUAUUUAGGUGCCAAGUUAUGUACAGCUUUAUAAAUUAAAACCAAUACUUCAGCUACAGGGUUGAUAUAAUACCUUGUGCUAAAUGUCCUAGUUGUAGCUGUUUGAAGAAAUCCACAUUAGGAGGAAGAAGCAGGAGGACUGAACAAAAUGCCAGUGUGAUUAUCUUGUCACCUUUUACUGUACCAAGACUACCUGCUUUUUCUACAUCAGAAGCAUCCAAAAGUACCUAAACAGCUAUGUUGUAGUAGUGCAUGGAAUAUUGGUGUGCCUAUCUCAAACAGAGUGGGAUUAUUGGGAAGAAAUUAGAUGUUGCUUCUUUUAAACUGAACUGAAUCAACUCGAUAGCACUCCUAAUAAAAUUCAAACAGAUGUCAAGGAUCUUAGACAUUUUAAAAAACAAAGAAUGCAACCAAGUUAGAUUUGUUAAUUUGCCAUUAUGAAAUACAUAUUUCAACCAUAUGCUUUCAUAAAAAAUAUUGUAUUGUCUUUUUUCUUAACAUUUUACAAAGGUCAUUGCAACAUCAUUUUCCUCCUCACAUCUAGUUCUUCUUUGAACUUUAAUAACGAACAUAACGUUCUGCUUAGAUUAUCUCAGUGACCCUUAGACUUUAUUAUAUUAGAAACCAUAAACUACAUCUGAAGAACUAUAAAAAAGAUAGAAUUACAGUUCAUUCUUUUUGGAGAACCACCAUUUCAUAUUCCAUAGCUAAACUACCAAGCAGCAAUGCCUGCAGAUUACAAUGGGAAAUGGGAAAUGGUAUUAAAUGAAAACUUUGAAGGUUAUAUGAUUGCUUUGGGCAUCGAUUUUGCUACCCGUAAGAUUGCAAACCAUCUAAAACAAACAAAAGAAAUUAUUCAGGAUGGAGACAAUUUCAAGACAAAAACACUGAGCACUUUCAGAAACUAUGAAUUGAAUUAUACCAUAGGAGUGGAAUUUGAAGAGCACACCAAGGGGCUUGACAAUCGAGUUGUGAAGUCAACAGUGACUUGGGAUGGUGACAAACUUGUCUGUGUCCAGAAAGGUGAAAAAAACAAUAGAGGCUGGAAACACUGGAUUGAAGGAGACAAACUGCAUCUAGAAUUGACUUGUGAAGACCAGGUGUGCCAUCAAGUCUUCAAGAAGACAAAAUAGACUGAUGAAGCUGAUGUAGCUGCCACAUUUGUGUUGAUUUUUCUCUCUCUUUAAUGAUAAAUAUAGGAAUAAAAGUUUGGUUUUUGUCAGUGAUCCAUGGUUUUGUUUGAUUAGCAAAUAAUGUAUAAAAAUAAUAUUAAACACCUGCACACUUUAUAAAGGAUCGUUGCCUUCCAAAUAGGAAUUAAACAAAAGUUUUGUUCUAUUUCCCAAACCUUAGAAGGUAUGUUUUUCUAGUAAUAGAGAUAUCCUCGUGCAAUGAUGCAAGAAUUUUUUUAAAAGUUCAUGCUGACAAUAGUAUCUCUGUAUGUUUUCUUGUCUUCUUAAUACAUUUGUGUGGUAUCUAAAAUAAAGUAUCAUUGACUGGA